CCGUCCCCUUUUGAACCUGGCGGCCCCCGAGCUGACCGCGGCGCCUCCCGUGGCUCUCCCUCAGCUGACGGGCGACAACCUUCAUGGUGGCUCUGUUGUUUGUUGACACAGGUGUGAGGUAUACGGUGGUUGGCUGUGGCUUUUCCUUUCGGUUUCUCUCCAGAGGACGUGGAAGAGAGGCAUGGGCCACUCCUGAGCCACAAGAAUGCUCAAGGGAAGGGGAUGGUUCGGAGGAGGGCUCUGGAAGAACAAGAACCCGCACUCCCUUGAACACCUCAGGUAUUUGUACAAUGUACUCAGCAAAAACCAAGUUGUACAAGAUAGCAACCGGGGUCUCUUGGUUGAGACACUUCGAUCAAUUGCAGAAAUACUCAUCUGGGGAGAUCAAAAUGAUUCCUCUGUGUUUGAACACAGACACAUAG